AUGUUUUCCUGUCCUCCCUGCCCAUCUUUGGAGCCUGCAUUAGAGCACGUCUGUGUCUCCCACACACUGGGACUUCUUCUCCUCGGCUUCAGCCGCACUGUUUACCCAGUGACAACAAGCAGCAAUUCAGAGGUGACCUGCUGCAGUAAGGCUUUGGGCGGCGAGCUUAUCCCCCAGAGUCUCUGUGCUUUAAAUUCGUGCCUUCCAGCCGUGCUCACGGAGCCACGCAUUGCUGGGGGGCAGAACCGCUGUGCUUCCCUGAAAGCCUCCGUGGCAGCUGAGCCAGCAGUUGGCCGGCGCACCACCUCCCCCAGCACGCCGAUGGCCGAGUCAGAGGUGGCAGUUACUCACCGCGACGCGCAUCAGAAGAGGAAAACUCAUUUUGUACCAACCAGGGUCGAAAAUUGA